GUCUCUCGGUCAUAAAAUUUCCUUUUCUUUUCUUCCCUUCCUAAUUGACUCAGUACCCUCGCCUUUCUGCCGUGUCUCCAUGUUUGUUUCUGUGUUUUUUUCUUUUUUUUCCCUUGUGAACUCCCGCCACCCAAUCGGCUGGCCGCUCAUCUAAGCAAAUUCCCACCCCCACCGCCCUUCCCAGCUUAUCUUCGCUUUGCAUCGGCAUUCCCCAGCAUUUGCUAUCCACCCUGCUGCUGCCCGACCACCUCUCGAACCCCUCCCCUUCCCAGCAUGGGACAGGACGCCAAUAGCGUGGCUGACUCGCGCAAGUCGCCGUCGCCGUCGCCGUCUGCCCCGCAGCAUAGACGCGGCUACCAGGCCUGCGAUCCAUGUCGCAAACGCAAGGUCAAGUGUGAUUUAGGCAGUGUCGACAAUCCUCGUCCCCCACCUUGUGUGCGAUGUCGUCGCGAAAGCAAACGAUGCGAAUUCUCGGCGACUCGUCGCAAGCGCAAAGCCUCCGAGGCGGCCGAAGACGAUGCGGAGGCGGCCGAAGUACUUCGCCGCGACAAACGGAUGAUGAUCGGAGAAGCAUCUGCAAAUGAAGUACAAGCUAAAAUUGAACCAAAUCAAUUUCCUCCCCCUGAACCGUCCGUCGAGACCGAUAGCUUUCGUGCUCGGCAGAGAUGGUCCGAGGCCUCCCCCGCAGCUGCUGCUACCACCCAGCGGUUUACGCCUAAUGCGCCCAUCUUCUCAAAGACUAAGCAAUUCCUUGAAUCGCGAAAUCCUCACUUGCCCCCAUUUCAAGCCAACCAGCGAAGUACUGUACCUGGGUAUGGAGGCCCGCCGAUGAUGAACCGGACCGCCGUCGAACUGUUAUCGCCAGCCAUCACCAAUACCCAUGAUGCUUUACAUCUACUCUCUGAAGCCGCGGGUCGAACAGAAGAUCUAAAUCGCCAGAGGCUCGAGAAUCGCUACGGUGCCAGACGCUCAGUCUCCUCAUUGAACUCGGGACCUUCUCCAUUAACACACGCAAACUCCCCUGGUAACGUGAGCGGAUCCUUUUCGCGAACUCUUCGUUCCGGUAUGUCGGCUGGCGGGAAUGGUUACUUCCCAGGGGGAGCUGGAGGUUCAGGAGCCGUGGAGACUCAGAUCCCCGAUGACAGUGGUACCCAGGAAGGCUCUCCAAACCCUCAAGACCCCGGGUUCCUUGAUGCCGUACGAGCAUGGUCCCGAUUGCGAUUUGUCCGUGCCGGAUGGAUGACGGUGGAAGAAGGUAUGGAGUAUGUGGCAUACUACUAUGAAAAUCUUGCCCCGAUGAGCCCAGUCGUGACUCCCGACUACUCUCAACCUUCUACACAUCGAGUCCUGCUUACGGACGAACCCGUUCUGGCGGUGACUAUUCUUACGAUUGCUUCCCGACAUCUCAAGCCCAAGGGCGAUGGCGCCAGUACUCGUGCAUUUUAUAUCCAUGAUCGUCUCUGGUCGUACUUGCGUGGUAUGAUCGAGCGCCUGUUCUGGGGCCAAGAGAAAUUUGACGCCCAGGGAGGUCGCCCGCGAUCUUUGGAUCCCGCGUCAGGUGCUGGUGGUCCCACCUCCAAGGGGAAUCUGAGAGCCCUAGGAACCGUCGAAGCCCUGUUGAUUCUCACAGAUUGGCAUCCCCGAAAUCUUCACUUCCCCCCAGGUGAUGACGAGAACACACUUUUGGACAGAGAAGCCCAAUCACAGAACCGUACCGACAAAGACCUAGAUAAUGAGAGCGAUCAGGCAGUGAACAGAGGCCCAUUUGCUGAAAGUCGAGUCGCUUUCCAAAAAUGGUUGGAGCCCGCCUGGAGGUCAGACCGAAUGUCAUGGAUGCUAUUGAGCACCGCACAAGCCUUGGCCUUUGAACUGGGUGUUUUUGAUCACAAGAGCGAGUCCAAGGGAGCCCCUGAACUACCCUCUGAACAGGCACGCAAGCGGCGACUUCGACGAUUGAUACUAGUAUUCAUUACGCACAGCAGUGGACGGCUCGGGAUUCCAUCUAUGCUGCCUCUGACCGAAUGGGGACGAGAUCUUCCCGCCCCUACCACUGAUUUGAAGGAUGGUGAUCUAGAUCUGAAUCAGAUGCAAGAUUGCUGGAUGGGUAUCUCGAAGAUAGUGUACCAGGCCAACCAUCAAUUGUUUGCUUCCAGCGAGCAAACUUCGGAGUUGAUCAGGAGCGGAAGAUAUCGCGAACAGAUCGACUGGUUUCAACCGCAGUUGCGAGAUUUCCGACAAAAUUUGGACCAGGUCAAUUUGUCCCCGGCUAUGCGAAGCAUCCUGAUCAUUGAAUACGAAUACACCCGAUUAUAUGUCAACUCGCUCGCUCUCCAAGCAGUCGUCGAUCGUUGGACUACCAUGUCAAAUGAGACCUCUGUCCAAGCCCACAUUGGUCGACCAGGACCAGGACCAUCUGCUGGUAGCAAUGGGUGGUUCCGUACUUUGAUGGAGCUCUACCGCGUCAACGAACCAUAUAUACAAGAAGUCGUGGAUGCUUCACGUAAGAUCCUACAGACUGUGUUGGAAGGUCUCGUUCCAGGCGGGCGUCUCAAGCAUGCACCUAUUCGGACAUUCUUCCGCAUUCUGUCUGGCAUGAUAUUCAUCCUCAAAACAUUCACACUUGGUGCCCGGGAAGACGACGUGCGAGUCUCUCUGGACCUGCAAGAUCGCACUGUAGAGGCGUUGCGGACCUUCGUCGUUGAUGAUGUCCAUAUCAGCAACACUGUCGCGCGGCUCUUGGAGCUUCUCACCAGCAGCAUUCGCACGCGAUUCCUUCGAUUCGCACCGCACGACCGUGGAGUCGAUGGCGACGGACAUGCCUCGGCACCCGUCUCCCGUGCCCAGUCCCCGCCACGCGACAGCAUUGCGGGUCGCCCACACACCCCCUGGUCAUCAACGCAAGAUGGGGCUCCGAGCGGAGGGCUGGGGGCCUACGUGGACAGCAACGGCUCCGGCGGGAAUCCGUCAGCGCCGAUCGGAUCGGCUCACGAUCCACUGGCCAGCAUCCCUGCGCAGCCGAUCAAUUCAUCGAACCUGAACGUCUCCUUCAUGCCGCCUCCGCCAUCGGUCUACUACAACUACUAUGACUCGAACUCGGCCGUGUCGGCUCACGGUCUGGAGCGAUCGUCACCCAAUCACGUCGUUUCCUCUCAGGCCGUCGGGGAUAGCAACGGAGCGGGCCCUACGUCCGCUGCCUUGCCAGACUGGUUUGCGCUUCCGCUGGAUCAAUUCUUCAAUAGCUCCAGCGGAGUGGUGGACCAGGGUCUAGGCGGGACGGGCCCGAUGUUGGGUGAAUUUGAUAUGUUGGAGGUACUUUUGAACGAAGGCUAUGACGGGCACGGCAACGGCGAGAAUGAGUCUGGAGGACUUCCUCCUCAUUUCUUGGGCUAAGUCUGUUCUUCGUACGCCGUGGAACUCGAUUGGUCAUUUUGCGGAUCUGACACGGACCUUUGCUGUCACAUUUCUCUUUCUUUUACCCCGUACAAAACUUUAUACCCCAGCGGGAUCUUCAUGUUGGCGUCGGUUGCAUUGGAGGAGGUCUGAACUUAGUCAAGUUCUUUUCUUAUUUGUUGAUAUAUUAUGUUCAGGUAGUAAAGUGUUUCGAGGGCGAUGAUUGGCUAGGGCCACAAUCUGGAUGAAACAGCGCCGUGGUGCCUCCUGCCGGAUUCAUGCGGGCCCGUGGUUUAUACUUCAUGUAUCUUGUCCAAUUGAUAUCAGAUGAAAUAUGUCAGGCCGUGUUGGUCGUUGGUGAUGGGUGGGUCUGUAUUUGGUCUCAUGCUGGUCACUGCAGAAAAGGAGGCGUUGCGGUUGCGGUAUUUGCUUCGUCGUGCACGAUGAAGUUGCGUUUCGAACCCCUCCUACUAUCCAAUUAAGAAUCCUUGUAUUCUGCUCAGAG